AUUUUUAAUUUUCUUUCUCAUGAUACCAUUGUUGAAGGAGCUUUAUUUUUAGUAAUUCUUGUAGCUGCUUCUUUUUUUUUUUGUCAUUUUAUUUGUUUAUUCCCACCUGUUAUUAGCAAAUAUAAUGAACAUUAUACCAAUCAUUAAAUGUUGUCUAUUUUUAGAAAUCAUUUGAUUGUUUUGUAGACCAAAAACAGACUUGUGUUCUUCAAAUGCAAUGAGUAGGGAAGUCUCUUGACAUUAUUAGAGAUCAAUCUCAAGUAUCUCCAAAUAAACUCUCAAGAAAACAUUUCCAAUUCAAUCAAGAAAAUGAGUUUUUCAGAGACAAAACAAGAAAUGGGGCAACAUGAAGAGUCCAACAAGAGAUCGAACGCAAUGGUAUUAGGGAAAGUUACAGACAUUCACACAGAAGUUGCAGCAGUAAAAGACUCGUUAACGGGUGCCAUUGAAGAGUUGAAGAACAAGGAAAGGUGCAUUGAAUCCUUGAAAAAGGAGGUUGCAAAGACUAAAGAGUUAGAAGAUAAAUUGGCGGAGAAAGAAGCAUCAUUUUGCACGUUGAAAGAAGAGUUGAAUAAGGUGAAAUCGUUCGAGUCGGAAGCGAUGCAAUUGUUGUCGGAAGGUAAAAAAAGAAUCCAAGAACUGGAAGAAGAAGUUGAGAGAAGAAAAGGGUCGGAAAAAAAGUUGAACGAUUCGUUGUUAGCUCAAACCAAAGAGUUGGAAAAAACCAAGGUUUCAUUGGAUGAAUGUAAGCAAGAAAUCAAGUCAUUGAUCCAAAAUAUAGAGAAAUUAGAGAGUUCGUCCGAUGUUGCCUCGCAGUGUUCAACAGGUGACGAAGAACAAAAUUCACUGGUGGAAGCCCUUGAAUCUGAGCUGCAAUCGACUAGAGAAAAGUUGGGGCGAGCCCAAGAUAACGAAAGGUUUGCUUUGUUGAAAGCUAAGAAUCUAGCUGAGGAAGUGAAGAAGUUGCAAAGUGAACUGAAAACUACUAUUGAAGCCGAGGAAAACAACAAGAAAGCCAUGGAUGAUUUCGCUGUGGCGUUGAAAGAAGUUAUAACCGAGGCUAACCAAGCUAAAGAAAAGCUCAUGUCAACGACGAGUGAACUUGAGACAACGAAAGGGCAAGUUGAAGAACUGAAGGUGAAGUUGAAGAAGGUUGAGGAACAAUAUAAUGAAGCCAAGAAAGAAACGGAUCGGUGUAAGAUUGUUUCGGAGAGAUUAAGAUUAGAAGCCGAAGAAACCUUGAUUGCAUGGAAUGAAAAAGAGAUGGGGUUCAUUGAGUGUAUUAAGAAGGCUGAAUAUGACAGGAAUGCUGCUCUAGAAGACAGUAAAAAAUCCAAAGAAGAAAAUCAGAAACUAAAGGACAUAAUGAUACAGGCUUUAAAUGAAGCAAAUGCAACUAAACAAGAAAUUUCCCAACUCAAAGACACCAUUGCCCAAAAAGAAGCAGCUUUGAAACUCCUUUCCCAAGAAAACGAAAGGCUUAAGCUCAAGGAAGCAUCGGUUUGUGAGAAUACAAAGAAAAGCCAAGAACCCGCCCCAUCACCAAUACCAGCACAACCGGCGGCUACAACGACACUAUUAUCAUCGUCGUCGUCAUCUGCAGCAGCACCAACACAAUCAGCAGCUGCAACGACACCACUACCAUCAUCAUCUGCACCAGUACCAACACAAUCACCAUCACAAUCAGCACCUACAACCAUACCAUCAUCAUCAUCUGCAACAACAACAUCAACAUCAUCACAAUCAUCAUCUACAACAGCAACACCAGCUCCAACACAAUCAGCGGCUACAACGACAUCAUCACAAUCAUCAUCUGCAGUAGCAACACCAGCACCAGCACAAUCAUCAUCACAAUUAGCAGCUACAACGACAUCAUCACCAUCGGUAGCACCACCAGCACCAACACAAUCAGCAACAACAGUAGUGCCAGCACAAUCAUCAUCACAAAUAGCAUCUACGACAUCACCAUCAUCGUUAUCGUCGGUAGCAACACCAACAGCACCAACACAAUCAUCAUCACAAUCAACAACUACAACGACACCAUUACGAUCACCGUCGCCAUCACCAGCACCAGCAUCACCAGUACCAGCAACGACAACUCCGGUAAUAACAAGGGGGAUGACAAUGAAGGAUCUUCUGGAGCUAGAGGAUAUGGGAGAGCUUAUGAAUCCAAAACCAAUGGAUUCAAGUUCAACAACACCUUAUAGUGUCAAAGAUCUUAGGAAAAUGGAGGAUCAAGAGGAAGCUAUGAAACUAAAAUCAACUGAUUCAACACAGCAUAAGGAAAAUAAAGAUUAUGAUAAAGAACAUACUAAGAAAUCAAGGCAUAUUAGAACCAACAGCUCUUGUUUGAUUAUAAAGUUCCCACACAAACACAAGUACCCAGAAGAAGAGCCCAAAGUCCAAUUAAAAGACAGUGAUGAGGAUUCAGACUCUGAUUACUUUGACCCGCUUAAGGGCUCAAUUUUCGACGUAGCUGAAACCCCCAAAAGUGAAGCAGUGCAAAACCAUCAUUCGAAAAAGCCUUCACUCUAUGUCGCUGAUGAUGAAUCAAUGUGCGGUGAGGAGUUCCAUCACUUUGAUUCAAGCCAUUUCGACGAAGAAACUGAUAAAUUCCCAAAAAAGAAAAGAGCAUUGUUUUCAAGAUUUAGUGAUCUUAUAGGAAUGAGAAAUUUUUACAAGAAAGAACAACCACCUUUAGAUCAAUAAAACGGUACCUUUUGUAUGCAACACUCUAGAUUGAUUAACUUU